AUGUACGUCUUCGCACUCGUCGUCGGUUCCAUGCUGGCCGGCCAUGCACAUGCUGCCUACCAGGUGCUGUCGCCUUUCUCCGCAGCAGGUCUCACCAAGCGUCAGAGUGGCGACCAGUCUUUUAUCCCGGGCACGACCUACGGUUGUCCAGAUGGGUGGCCGGUUUGCGGUACCAGCAAUAUCUGCUAUAGUCCGAGCCGGGGCGAUACCUGCUGCCCUGAGGGGACCUAUGCCUGUCCUAACGGUUCAUUCUGCCUGAAGGAUCCUUACUGCUGUCCUGAUGGUCUCGACAAAGAAUCAUGUGCCAAGAAGUUUGGCGUAACUCUCCAACCAACGACCACCGCUGAGCCAACUACCAGCUCGUCUUCGUCGAGCACCAGCAGCAGCACCAGCUCGACCUCGUCGAAGCGCUUGAUUCCGACCUCAACCAGUUCGUCCUUGAUGACCCCAAUUGCAACGACUAACUCUCCUGCGGUCCCGACCACUGGGAUGGCCACCGGUGCGGCGACUUCCAGCCUGCCGUUGUUCACUGGUGGUGCGAACGUGCCGGUUCUUGGGGGGGCGGCUGCUGUUUUAGGCGGGUUGGGGAUGAUAGGGAAUCUACUUAUUUAG